GGAGGCAGCGCGACAGACAGGCUAGUGUCGGAGGUUCGGUCGGACUCGGCAGGACUCGGCAGGACUCGGUAGCUAGCCGAGGAGGGGGCACUGUUGUCAUUCGUCCGGGGCUGUGUGUCGAGCUUUUUGUCCAGGAGAAAUGGCUGGGAUUAAAGCUCUCAUCAGCCUGUCCUUUGGAGGGGCCAUUGGCCUCAUGUUCCUCAUGCUAGGAUGUGCCCUCCCUGUGUAUGACAAAUACUGGCCUUUGUUCCUCCUCUUCUUCUACAUCCUCUCCCCCAUCCCUUACUGCAUCUCGCGGAGGGUGGUCGACGACACAGACUCGGCCAGUAACGCUUGCAAAGAGCUGGCCAUCUUCCUCACGACGGGCAUUGUCAUCUCAGCCUUCGGCCUGCCCAUCGUCUUCGCAAGAGCUGAAGUAAUCGCCUGGGGGGCGUGUGCGCUCGUGCUAACGGGUAACGUAGUCAUCUUCGGGACCAUCCUGGGCUUCUUCAUGGUCUUCGGAUCCAACGACGACUUCAGUUGGCAGCAGUGGUAAAACAGCUGAGGGAGGGGGACCUUAGUCUGAACUGUUUUUAUUAGCGUUACAAUUAUUAUUAUUAUGGUAUUACUGUUUGGUUCUUGUUGUUGUUAUUUAUAUGAUGACCGCCCAUCCAUAGACUCACACCAAACCAGUGCAAUACUUUUUUUUUUUUUUUUUACCGCCUGCAUCAUAUUGAACUGACACAAGUGGGAUGGAAAAUGCUGACUUUCUGUUGGAUUUUUACUCAUUUUAGUUAUGCUCUUGUGUUUUUUUGAAUUUUCUCCAUUUAUGUGUUUUUCAUUUUGUAAGCUGAUGAGCGCUGGCGAACAACUUGUGUUAUCUGUGAAAAAAUAUGUUAAAAAUAAUCCAAUUGAAUGUUGAAUGAGACUUAAUCUGACCAAAACAACAGGGUCAUACCUGUCUGGGCUCCGUUCUCUAUUUAGUAGACAGCUUUCUCUACACUGAGAGCACAGAUGGGUGUUCAGGGCUAGGUGUAAAUCAGCAGAAAACUGAUGGAAAAUCUGCAUGAUACAAGCUCAGAUUUCACCACUAAUCUAACUAUAAAACUACUGAGAAAUUAUAAAGAGGAAUCUCUUUCUGUGGGUAUAUGUAUAUGUCCUUCGCAUAUCUCGAGAACCGCUCAUCCGAUCGACUUCACACUUGGUGGGUUAUUUGGAAAUUACCUCUGCUAAACCCAGACACACAAACCUAACGUCAAAGAACUAGCGAAGACGAAGGACGCUCAUUGAUUUGCCUCACGUCGCCUUUGUCUUGGCCAAAAAGUUGCACUCGAACACAACGCAAAGACGACAGCCGACGGCCAACUACCACGUACGUUCUGCGUUCACCACUUAG